CGACUCCGGAGUCCGGGGGCGGGGCAGGGAGUGCCGCGGCUGAGGCGGCGGGCGCCGGGUGAAGCGCUAAAGCGGGUCACGCUUCCUCCUUCCCUCCCCGCCCCUUCUUCUCCUCCCACCUGGGCCUCUGCGUGGAGACGCGCACCUGGCAACCGGCGGCCGUGCUCCGCCGCGUCCCCGCCUUCUCCGCUCGGACCGGGUGCCCCGAGCCUGCCCCGCACCCCGAGCCGACCCCGGCCCCUGGCGCUCGUCCCUCGCCCCUCCGCCGGCGCCGCGCUCGCCGGAGGCGGCCUCGAGCGCUCGCUCGUUGAUGCCGUUUUGGGGGUGACCGGGCGCGGCGGCGGCGCCUCCAUGGUGCGGGCGUGUUAGUGGCCGCGGCUCUGCCGGACGUCGAGUGCGCGGCUGCGGGGUAGCAGAGCAGCCCGCCAGUGAAACCCCGCGCGCAGCUCGGGUUUCGGGGCGCUGGAGGAGGCCGCCACGGCCGCGCGGGAGCGGGAGAUGUUGGAGCUGAGGCACCGGGGAGGCUGCCCCGGCCCCGGGGGAGCGGUGGCGCCGCCACCCCGCGAGGGAGAGGCGGCCGGCGGCGACCACGAAACCGAGAGCACCAGUGACAAAGAAACAGAUAUUGACGACAGGUAUGGAGAUUUGGAUUCCAGAACAGAUUCUGAUAUUCCAGAAAUUCCACCGUCUUCAGAUAGAACCCCUGAGAUCCUCAAGAAAGCACUAUCUGGUUUAUCUUCAAGGUGGAAAAACUGGUGGAUUCGUGGAAUUCUUACUCUAACUAUGAUUUCAUUGUUUUUCCUGAUCAUCUAUAUGGGAUCCUUUAUGCUGAUGCUUCUUGUUCUAGGCAUCCAAGUGAAAUGCUUCCAUGAAAUUAUCACAAUAGGUUAUAGAGUCUAUCGCUCUUACGACCUGCCAUGGUUUAGAACAUUAAGCUGGUACUUUCUACUAUGUGUAAACUACUUCUUCUAUGGAGAGACUGUAGCAGAUUAUUUUGCUACAUUUGUUCAAAGAGAAGAGCAACUUCAGUUCCUCAUUCGCUACCAUAGAUUUAUAUCAUUUGCUCUCUAUCUGGCAGGUUUCUGCAUGUUUGUGCUGAGUUUGGUGAAGAAACAUUAUCGUCUGCAGUUUUAUAUGUUCGCAUGGACUCAUGUCACUUUACUGAUAACAGUUACUCAGUCACAUCUUGUCAUCCAAAAUCUGUUUGAAGGCAUGAUAUGGUUCCUUGUUCCAAUAUCAAGUGUUAUUUGCAAUGACAUAACUGCUUACCUUUUUGGAUUUUUUUUUGGGAGGACUCCAUUAAUUAAGUUGUCUCCUAAAAAGACUUGGGAAGGAUUCAUUGGCGGUUUCUUUUCCACAGUCGUGUUUGGAUUCAUUGCUGCCUACAUGUUAUCCAAAUACCAAUACUUUGUCUGCCCAGUGGAAUACCGAAGUGAUGUAAACUCCUUUGUUACAGAAUGUGAACCCUCCGAACUUUUCCAGCUUCAGAGUUAUUCAGUUCCUCCCUUUCUGAAGGCAGUGUUGAGACGGGAAACAGUGAGCUUGUAUCCUUUCCAGAUACACAGCAUUGCUCUUUCAACGUUUGCAUCUUUGAUUGGCCCUUUUGGAGGCUUCUUUGCCAGUGGAUUCAAAAGAGCUUUCAAAAUCAAGGAUUUUGCAAACACCAUUCCUGGACAUGGCGGGAUAAUGGACAGAUUUGAUUGUCAGUAUUUGAUGGCAACUUUUGUGCACGUGUACAUCACAAGUUUUAUAAGGGGUCCGAAUCCCAGCAAAGUGCUUCAGCAGUUGUUGGUGCUUCAACCAGAACAGCAGUUAAAUAUAUAUAAAACCCUGAAGACUCAUCUGAUUGAGAAAGGAAUCCUACAGCCCACCUUAAAGGUAUAGCUGGAUCCAGAAAGGGAAGGACUGAGCCUAAGGAGUUCUACAGAAAAGCACUGACAGAUGAAAUUUUGUAAUUGUACAGAAAACUGAUUGAAAAUGCAAUAGAUUGACGUUUUACAGACACGAAUGUCUCUUCUCGAAAUUACUGUGAAUAUUUAACACUUACUUGAUCCAAGUUAUAAAAUAACAAAUUAUCAGCAAAAGAUCCUGUACCUUUUCUAAAGUGUAUUUUCUGAUGUUAACUUCCUUCCCCAGACUUGCUAGGUUUCAUAAUGUAAAAGACUUGUGUUUUAGAGUCAAACAGAAAAAAGUAAAUUGAGGAUGUCUUAAGAUUGCAUCUGGCAUUGUGCCCUUUGCACAAAUAUUUACUUUUGUACUUGGAGCUGCUCUUAAUUUUAACAAAGUGUUUUAUGUAAGGCACAAUAGGAAGUUCGUUCUCCUGUACUUCCUCCUCUUAGUCUGAAGUCCUUUCUGAAGGGCUGAGUUGGAUUCAAAAAGAAAAAAAAAAUGCUUGUCCAUUUUUCAAAGAAGUAAGUAAUCAUUUGCCAGGGGAAAACAUUCCACUUUUAGGUAGGUUCAAAAAGAGCAGACAUUAAACUCCACUCCUGAUAAAAUUGUGUGGAAAAACAUGACAGUUGCAAGAAAAACAAAGGAGAAUUCUGCUGUGGAGAACACAAUGUACACAUCCUGCACAGAUUAUCUCCACAGAAGACAGUGAUGCACGACCCGGGCCACCUCUUGGUGGAAUUCUCUGCUUUUGCUUGUUUCCCAGUGAACUGGUUUCCAUCAGUUCUGCAGCCUCAAGCACAUAAGAUCAAUAUAGAGGGUAGUGAGUAGGGGUGGUGGCUGAUGCAGAGAGGGGGGUGCUCCGCUAAGCCAGAGCGGCCCGUCCCCAGAGGAGGCUCCACAUGCCUGUGUUCCAGGGGCCUCCCUGCUGGAGCCCUGGGCACCCGCGGGACACUCACCUGGCAAGAAGGAAGAUCUGCCUGCAGACUUAAGCCCCGACCAGCUCCCUGCGAACAGCUAAUCUUUGCUCCCUUCCUUUUUCACAUCAUGUCAUGAAAUCUGAGGACAUCAGCUGAUGAUUUUUUUCUUCUGAGAAUGAAAAUCAAGCAGAAGUGAUUCUCAUCAAGAACCAAAAGCGCACGAAUGCCAAACCUUUCCUCUGUGGGACUGGACACUAAUCAGAUAAGAAGUUUAUUCUCAUCGGUGAAUGUAAAUAAGCUAUAGCUGCUGUGUGUUCCCCACGACCGUAUUUAUUGUAGUGCACAGAGCCUCCCGAAAAUUGCCUAGUGCUCCUUGGCUAACUGUUCAGAGAGGAGAAAAAUAGAUUUUAAAGAAUGUUUUGCUAAUGAAGAGAGUAAAUAUUUUUGUUUAAAUCAGAAACAGAUUUCACUUAUUUUAGAUUUCCGUUCUCUGACUAUACCUGAAAUAAAAGAGGACACAUCUGCCUGGGAUCCAUGGAUGGAAGUCUGUAACUAGCAGCUUCAUCAUGUGCGCUACAUGAUUACAGUAGAUCUGCUUAAACUCUGUACCAGGAGUCUAAUUUCUCGGUUUGGCCCGCACGCAGUCAGUUCGUCCGCAUGGGAUGUGUUCAGUCAGCAUUAUUUCAGACCAUCCCGUGAAAACCUAGAGUCGGCACUGGAAAUGUUUUUACAGGAGGGAAUGAUUCCUUUUAAGUCAGGCUACCUACAGGUUUAAUUUUCAGCAUCUCUCAUUUGUAUUUGCCUCAUUAAAAGCUCCAAAUGCUGAUCGUAAAAGAAUUUAGAUUAGCAGAAGUUAAAAAAUAAGAUGAAAAAUUUGUCACAGGAACUUACAUUGAAAACUUGAUUUGCACAAUAAGAAAGAACUGCUUGGAGAUACACGGUUCCCUCCGCAUUUUUCUUUAAAGUGAUUGGUGAGGCACUGCAAUGCGGAAUUAUAAGAGAGCAUUACUGAAUACAUGUAUUAUAAAAUCAAUCCUAUUAUAAACAAAAUACGAAGCUAGAAAUAUUUGGGGUCACGGUAAUAUCCUUCCUCAAAUAUACUUUUAGAGGUGGGUGUACAUUAUUCUGUAUGUAAAAAAGUAAAUUCUUAAUUUUAACAGAGCUCUAACAAUUGACCUUUUUAGUGUACUUUUAUAGCAUGUAUAUUAAAAUAGAAUAUAUUUUAGCAAAAGAUUGCCAUAAAACCCUGACUUUGAUCAUUUUUAUAUUCGCGCUGUGAAGAGAGCUUAAAUUCCAGUGUAGGAAUGUGGUGGCAGGAAAAUAAAAGACAGGACUUCCUUCACAGUAAUAGCUAAUUGUCCCAAAUUUGCUAUUUUUGGAGGUACUCUACUUGUACUAAUUGCUUGACUUUUUAACCUGUGGGAUGCAAAUGUUUCCUCAGUGCUUUUCCCCUUAUGGUGGUACAUAUACAUUUACUGUCUGUGAAUAAAAAGACCACACGUAUACCCCCCCUCCCUUUUUGUUUCAUUUGUAUUAUCUCUUCCUUGGUACUUUGAAGACAGUAUCACCUUGUUCAGUGAAAAAGAAAAAAGUAGAAACAGUGGUCAUAUACUGUAUAUGGGUGGGAGAUAGCUUAUGAUUUGUGUCAAUAAGUUCUCUGAUUCUUUUACUGAAACUGAGAUAGGAAAAUAAAAUUGAAACAAAUCACA